GGGUUAGUCCUACUCAACGACAAGAAAGAACACAUGGAUGGUUACACCCAGCUGUUAGACAGAGAAAGGACAAGUCUGAAAAGUCUUGUGUCAGACAUGGCCACCCAGAAAGAAGAAUUGGACAAACCAAUGCAGCUGAAGUUGGAGGCUGACAAACUUGAUCUUGAGAAACUAAAGGCAGAGCUGAGGAAAGAGAAAGAUGACCUGAACGAAGAGAAGGAAAUCUUGGCCAAGGAAAAACUGGAAUUGGAACUGAUGAGAUGUGACAUCCAGAAACAAAGUGACCUCCUGGAAGAAGAGAAAUACAAGAUUAAACAGGAAAGAGACACACUGGAAAUGACCAAGGCUGAGAUUCAAUUGGAGAAAGAAGAUGCAAACAAACUGUCAGAGGAGAUUAACGCACAGAAAACCAAGAUGAAAGAGAUGACCCUUCAGCUUGACACAGAAAGAGACCAACUUGACAACAGCAUGAACAAAAUAUCCUUGAAACAACAAGAACAAGAGCUCAAGGAAGCUGAGCUUCAAGUGCUGCAAGAGAAAAUGGAGAGCACCCAGCGCAGUGUACUUUCAGCAAGACAAGAACUGGAAGAUCUGAAGAACAAUCUCAACAAGCAGAAGGAUGAAGUGGAAGCUGGCAUGACCAUCAUCAGGGAAGAGAGACAACAACUCAAUCAGAUAAAGAUGGAUUUGGAGAGGGGAAGAGAAAUGCUCAUAACCGAAAAGCAGAAAAUAAGGUCUGAGGAGGAGGACCUGGUGAACAAAAUGAAACCAAUGGAAUUGCUCAAAGUCAAACUUCAACAGCUGAAUGAAAAGAUGAGUUUAGACCUGAAACACAAAAUGGACAGUCUGCAGCAGAAAAAUGAAGAUCUGCAAAAGCUGUACUCUGGAUUGGAGCAGGGGUUAGUCCUACUCAACAGCAAGAAAGAACACAUGGAUGGUUACACCCAGCUGUUAGACAGAGAAAGGACAAGUCUGAAAAGUCUUGUGUCAGACAUGGCCACCCAGAAAGAAGAAUUGGACAAACCAAUGCAGCUUAAGUUGGAGGCUGACAAACUUGAUCUUGAGAAACUAAAGGCAGAGCUGAGGAAAGAGAAAGAUGACCUGAACGAAGAGAAGGAAAUCUUGGUCAAGGAAAAACUGGAAUUGGAACUGGAAAAAGAUCAAAUGAAGAAACAUUGGAUCAAAGAUAUAUUUGACAAGGCAGUUCAAACAGAAUGUUUUUCAAAAAUAUGUGCACAGGAUUAUGAUGCCACUCAACAUGAUUUGUACUUCCAUACUACAAUGUCUGAAUGUGAGGAUGAUUUUAGGCAGUCAUGUGAUAUGUUAGAAACAGAACCUUUUGAACAUCAAUGUGAUGAUAAGGAGGACCAAGACUUGUCUUCUAAUAGAGAUAACAAAAAUUUCAAGAAACAUCAGGAUCUUUCACCGAUGCUACAAGUGAAUGAUGAAGCUGAAAAACAUCAGAAACUUAAACCCACAGCACUCCUCAACGUGGCAGAAGAGCAUGAACGUCUCUUGGAAGAGAAAUCAUUACACUGGGAUAGUUUACAAAACAUCUGGAGGGAAAACCAAAGUGAGCAGAAAGAGAUCAAUCAGAUGACGAGCAGGAGUGAUGAGUUAAGAAAUAACCUGGCUCGAAGAGUACAGGUAAUAAAUCAGAUUGUCAGGGGAACAGGGUUACAGAAAGCAUUUGACAAAAAAAAGCUAAAACAAAAAACUUUGGAUAGGGAACUUCAAUACUACCAAGAGAAAGACCACAAAACACUCACUGAAAAAUACACAGUGCUCCAACAACUUAAGGCUCAGAUGCUCAGUGAGAUUGAGAGACUGAACUUCAAUAAAAAAGUGUGCAGGACCCUGAUAACAAGCAACAAUCAAACAUCAGAUGAGAUUGCAACUGCAGGAAAAGCAACAAAUCAAGCCUCUACACAAACAAAUGCAGAGAAGACAAUGGUAAAAAUGACUGAAGCCGCCACAGGGACAAAUAGCAGACGCCUUUGUCAAUUAUGGCACUGCUGCUCUGGAUACUGCUGUGCCUGCUGUAAGACUGUGCACCAAAAGUAGAAAUGAGAUUGGCUGACAGGUGUUUCUGUAACUUACAACAUGUGUAUAAAUUUCUCACGUGACAUACAAGCCUGUGCCUUUUAAAUCAGGUAAUUUUGCCAGAUGUUCAAAAUUGUAUCUGUUUAAGUUCAUACAAUUGAAAAAUUUAAAAUUGCUUUCUUCUUUAAGUUUUCUUGUCAUAAAGAUUGUAAUUAUGUAUGUUAUGCUAAUUAUGUGAGAUACAAGAGUAACUGCUUCAUUUUCAGUUUGUGGUUCCUACUUAGAACCUAAUAUUAAAGGGUUUUGUAAUACCACAUAAUUGCUGAAAAUCUUGAAUAUUAAAGAUUACGCUUCAUUGAACUCAUUGAAAACGUUUUUCUAGGUUUUUGUUGAAAUGCUAUUUUUACUUUUAUUAUUUAAUCUUUCUUUGUUAAAAUUAUUUACCUAAAUAAUGUGUUUACAAAUCGGGGAAAAAAUCCAACUGAUACAACUUCUUCAAAGCAUUAAUGAGUUCCACUUGUAAAAGUUCUAAAAUGUUUUAAUGUUUGGCAAAAAAUAAACUAGUGUUUUUAAUUAUUUCUCAAU